AUGAGCGAAAUCAGGGAUACCGAAACUUCUGCUUACCAAGAGCUGAUGCAAAGCGGUGGCAGGCCCAUGUAUCCCAUCUGCCUCCUUGAUGAAGUACUAAAAGACCCUGAAGGGCAUCUCUCCUUCUUGUUGCCGUGGCAAGCCUAUCCGGGUACGGGCAUUCCCGACAGAAAUGUGUUCACAAAGCAAUUGGCUCGAUGGAAGGCGUUCCGCAGUUGGCAGAAAGAUUGCCGAGGGAUUCGCACUGAUGAAAAGGAAUUUGACGCAUACGUUGAGGAUACUAAGCGCAGAGAUCCCGAAUGGAGAGGUGAAUUGAAUUACGAACAUCAAGAAUUGAUGGAUCAACAUCUCAGAAGGCUUCAAGCUGAAUUUGAGAAGACUCCCGAAGCAAAGGACAGCAACGAUAAAGGCGCAGCCUUCCGAGAGUUCGUUGAGAAGAGGAGACAGCGCAAUUUGGAGGUUGGAUGCACAUGGCCGGGAAUGACAGAAGCUGAGUAUCGGCAAGCGCUCAGCGUGCAGUUCAACCUGGACAAGUACCGUCGUUAUCAAGCUCACCUUGGUCUGCUGGCUCUUGCCCGAGGCAAGCACGGAUUUCCCGAGUACGUUGCCAAGGCUAGGCGCCGUCUAUCUGAAUUUGGCCUCACCCAGACAUUCGAAUUUGACGAAGACCCAACCCGCCAAGACAAGCUGACAACAUGGAUCAAAUAUCUCUAUUACGAGUUGUUGUGGCACGAUUACCAUGAACGUUCCAUUAAUCGGAUGCAAAGAGAGUAUGACGAAGCCUGGGAAAAGCUCGUUGCCUCAAGAGUUUUACAGUCGAUGGAGACGGACGAGACACUGCGAACAACUGAGUCCAUACUCCAGCGUGCAAGCGAGAGACAGCAUGCUGAACAGGCUUUGGCGGCUGCUGAAGAAGCUGCUAGAAAGGCAUUAUUGGAGACCGCCAAAGCUAUCCAUGGUGGUUCGAGUCUUUCUCUCCAGCAGCGGAAGCAAAGAUUAAAAACAGCUUACACUGGAUUGCUCAAGGCCAAGAAAACGCUAAAGAUCAUCACAAGACGAAACAAUCUGAUUGCGGAGUUUCUCCAAAAAACACGGGGCUAUUCAGAGGCCAAAUACAACUUACAGCGUCAGCAACUUCUACUCCAGUGGAUUCUUGCUCAGGUACCGCAUGUUGAAGAAGAGGUGAACGCAUUCAACGGCAACAACACUAUAACAUCUGGUCUGGACCAUACGCAUCGCAAGAAGCGCCAUCCGAGCACCUCUAUAGAGGAUAUCGGUAUUUUCGCACACCGCAGCAAUGAGCCUUGGGAUGAGCGGCCUGCUAAGCGAAUCCGGAUAAACAAUCAAGGAGGUGCACUGGGGAACGAGGACGUCCAACUUCGCCGCAGCGCUCGUAUUGCAGCGCGGCGCAGUCACUGUUUGGAAGACAAGAAGCAGGCCAGCAUUUGCCUUCGUCGGAGCGCUCGUCUCGCUGCUAAACGCAGCUUGCAACGAACAUAG